UUCAACUUCCCCUACCUUUCUUCCUUUGUCUUUCUUCAACUUAACCCAUCUUCCUCCCGAGUUAAAGAAAAGCAAAAGAGAUGAGUUUCCAGGAUCUUGAAGCGGGUCUUGCUACCCCACACCAAUACAAUUCUUCUCUGCAAAAGCCAAGGCAAGAUACAGAACAUGCUUCGGCUUCGCAGUCGGUGGCGGCGGGGAUUUUCAAAAUACGAACUGCUAUUUUGGCCUUUGAUCGCCUUGUAAAUUCCCUCGGUACCCUUAAAGACACCGUUGAAUUACGCGACAAGUUGCAUAAGACAAGGCUACAUAUUGGGCAGCUGAUCAAAGAAACUUCAGCUAAACUAAGGGAAGCAAGUGAAGCUGAUCAAGAUGCAGAACCCUUAAAGAAAAUUGCCGAUGCUAAGCUUGCGAAAGAUUUUCAAGCAGCUCUUAAAGACUUUCAAAAGGUUCAAAGGCUUGCAGCUGAGAGGGAGACAGCAUAUACACCUUCUGUUCCCAAAGAAGUUCUUCCUUCCAGUUAUGAUGCCUAUGAGCUGGAGAAAAAUCCAUCCAAAAGUCUAGAACAGCAACAGCUUCUGGUUACAAAAAGACAAGAAGUUGUACUGUUGGAAAAUGAGAUCACGUUUAAUGAAGCUAUUAUUGAAGAGCGAGAACACGGGAUCAAAGAAGUUCAGCAACAGAUAAGUGAAGUGAAUGAGAUUUUCAAAGAUCUAGCAGUUUUGGUCCAUGAGCAAGGAUCCAUGAUUGAUGACAUAGGUUCGAACAUUGAGAAUUCCCAUGCAGCAACUGUUCAAGCUACUUCACAUCUUAAAAAGGCAUCCAAGAUCCAGAGAGCAAAUUCAUCAACAAGGUGUUUGCUGGUGUUAAUCUUUGGGAUCAUUCUCCUCAUUUUCAUCAUAGUUGUUGUGGCUUAAGCUCUACAUAUUCAACAUCUCGAGCUUAGAAGUUGUCAGAAGCAAUGUAAUGAACACAUUCAGGUGGUGUACUAUCCAAACUAUACAGUCGUAUAUCAUCUCUGUUACCAAAUUUUUUAUGCUGCAAGUAAUAUCCUCCAUGGAGGUUCUUAGUUUGCAGCAAAGCAUGUAAAAUAGAUUGCUCCGUUUGCCUGAUUUAAUAAAAUUCCAAAGUG